UCUCUGCCCCUCUCCGGCUCGCCGACGCCCAAGAACCCAUCUUUCCUCUCCUUCCCGCCGCCUCCAUCUCCACAGCGCCACCAUGAAGCGCAUCUUCAGACGGUUCUCCCUCGUCGCCGCGGCAGACUCCUCCUCCACCGCCUCAGCCGUGGCGGCCUACCGCCAGCUCCGGUCGCCGAAGCAGGCGCCUCCGACCGGCCGCGCGCGGGUGCCGCAGGGGCACGUGCCGGUGUGCGUCGGCGAGGAGGGCGGGCCCGUGGAGCGGUUCGCCGUGCGCGCCGACCUGCUGGGCCGGCCGGCCUUCGCCGCGCUUCUCACGCGCGCCGCCCAGGAGUACGGGUACGGCCACCCCGGCGCGCUCCGCAUCCCCUGCCCCGUCGCCGACUUCCGCCGCCUCCUCGUCCGCCUCUCCUCCGACCCCUCCGCCGUCGAGUGCUAG